CGUCUGGGGAGUAGCGCUCCCUGGUGUCCGGAGCGGCUGCAGCUGGAGAAGGUGGAGGUCAAGGAGGGCAGGUGGAGGCGCCUCAGGAGGAGACCCGCAGAUGGCGCUCAGGUGUGUCUACACUCCCUCCACCUGUGUCCUGGGACCCAAGAGGAUGCUGCUGUGGAUGCUUGUCCUCUCCGCUCUAGCUUUUGGGGCUUGUGAGGUGCUUACGGUGGUGCCCCAUGGGGCCUGGGCAGUGGAAGCCAUGGGUUGCAGUACCCCCCUGGCCUGGCCAGUGGCCUUCCUGGUCACACACCACAUCCCGGGACUGCAGUGUGACAACCAGACAGCAUGCACCCAGAGGCUGCGGGAGUUGCAGGCCUACCACAUGCACAACAACAGCUGGUGUGGCCUGGCCUACAACUUCCUGGUGGGGGACGACGGCAGGGUGUAUGAAGGUGUUGGCUGGGACGUCCAAGGUGUGCACACCCAGGGCUACAACAACGUCUCCCUGGGCCUGACCUUCUUUGGCACCAAGGAAGGUCACAGCCCUAGCCCCAUUGCCCUGUCAGCUAUGGAGGGGCUGGUGGCCCUUGCUGUCCUCAGGGGCUAUCUGUCCCCCACAUACUCACAGCCAGUCCUUGUGAAAGGUGAGAACUGCUUGGCCCCAAAGCAGAGGACAAGUUCCAAGAGAGGCUGCCCCAGAAUUAUCCCUCGGUCUGAGUGGGAGGCCAGGGAGACCCACUGCCCCAUGAUGACCCCUCCGGCCAAGUAUGUCAUCAUCAUCCAGACUGCGGGGAGGACCUGCAACAUGUCUGAGGAGUGCCACCUGCUGGUGCGGGACGUGCAGGCACUGCUCAUGGACAGAUACGGCAGCUGUGACACCAGCUACAACUUCCUGGUGGGACAGGAUGGAAACAUUUAUGAAGGAGUGGGUUGGGAUGGCCAAGGCUCCCACACCUCUGGCUACAAUGACAUCUCCCUGGGCAUCGCCUUCUUGGGCACAUUCUCAGGUACCCCGCCUAACACCGCAGCACAGGAGGCGGCCCAGAACCUGAUCCAGUGUGCUGUGGACAAGGGCUACCUGGUCCCCGACUACUUGCUGGUGGGACAGAGUGAUGUCGCCAACACCCUGUCCCCUGGACAGGCACUCUACAACAUUAUCAAGAUGUGGUCUCACUAUCAGCCCUGAGAGCCCCUCCUACAUCUGAGAUGCAGCCCCACCUUUAUCAGCCUCUCUAUCAUCCUUGCUUCAGUCUGAAUGCUGUCCCCUCCCUGACAGCCCUGUUCCUCAUCCUCUGGUGUGUCCCUUUUCUGCUAGCCCUCAGCUGUGCGCCUCCAGCCCUGGGUCAGCUCAGCCUUCCUCUCUACUCUUCUUUCUCUCACUCUCCCUGCUGCAAACCUGCCAGCCUUGGCCAGACGAGCCCACAGCUGGCUCCUGUGUGAUGCCUUCUCACUCUGUAUCUGUGCCUGCUUAUGCAUCCCCCAGCCUCUGGUGGGAUGGGUCCCCAGUCCUCCUGGCCCACAUCUGCAUGUCCAUAUGUGGGUGUCUGUCAUCCAGGGCUGUGAUGGCCCGUGGGGGUGGGGAUUCUAUGAGCUGUUCAGCUUCUUCCUGCUCAGUUUUCUG